AUGACCAACUCCACAGGUCCGAUCGGUGCGGCCCCGCCGCCUCCCGGGGUGACGCCCGACUUCGAUAAUCCGCGAGACGUCGGGCACACUUCCCACAUUGUGUUCACGAGCUUUAUUCAGGCCAUCGUGGUACUCUUCUUCGCCUUACGCAUCUAUGUGAAGUGGGAGUUGUCUGAUUGGAUGGAUCUUCACCGUCAUCAUGAAUUCGACCGUUCUUAUGAGUGCGUGUCCAGUACGGAGGGUGCAGAGUGGAUGGCCAUUAACGGCUGGAUGUAUAUCGGCUCCUUGUUGUAUUCGCCGGCAGCGUUCUUCACCAAGAUCUCUAUCCUUCUCCUCACCGUGCGCGUCUUCUCCGUCGAUGCGGCUGCCGCCAGAAUACUGCACCUUCUCCCGUUCUUCUUCCUGAUUUGCUACAUCCCGGCAGAAAUCGCAAAAGCUUGCGUAUGCAUUCCUGUGCAGUCGUUUUGGGACCAGUCAAUGACCGACUUCAAAUGCAUCGAUCAGACAAAACUGUUCCUGUACGAUAGCUCGUUAUCGGCAUUCUCCGACCUCAUCAUCCUGAUCGUUCCCAUGGUUCUGGCGUCAAGGCUGAGAGUUUCAACCCUCAAGAAGAUCAAGAUUGUGGGCCUUCUGGGCACCGGCGGCGUGGCUGUUGCGGUGACGAUCUACAGGUUAUACCUGGUGAACAAAUACGAUAACACGAAGGAUCCAACCAUGGACUUUGUGCCUCUCGACUGGACAGUGGCCGGAGAGCUCGGCAUUGGUAUAGUUUGCGCUUGCUUUCCCUCGGUAAAUCAUGUUCUGGAAGAGCGUGCCGCCAGAACAGCUUUGGAGUCCAAGGAGCCUCAGGGACUGUCGCGAUGGUGGAGGGAAACAUCGAAAAGGUGUUCCGAUGCCUUGUCAUCUUGGGGUCAAGCACAUGGGUACAGGAUGCCGGCUUUUAGGAGAACCGAAGAGGAGCAAAAAUGCGACUCGGUCGGCGGUGUAUCAGCCUUGCCCGAGUCAGAGAAUGGCGAGCCCAAGAAAUUGGAUUACGACGUCGAGCUGGCAGCGGUGUCGGCAUCGCACCUCGACCCUCACCCGGGGGAGCUGGUGGACUCAGGAGUGGGAGGCUACGGUCAGAACUGUCUGACUCCACUGCCUAUUAUCAGGCGAAGCAGUCCUUUCAAGAUCAAUUGCCGGCCAUGA